CCCCAGCAAAGACGGAGCAGGGCGGCCUCUCAGCAGCCAUCAGGCCACAUGGCUGGGGGACACAGUGGGACCUAGGCCUCUGGGCCUGUCACAUUAAAGGAUUUCAUCAAUGCAGCUGCGGUACGGGUUCUUGCAUCUCCUGCCCUGGGCGGCCCUGGGCAGCCAGAGGCAGCCACCAGUUGCUGGUUGAGAAGACGACGGACUCACCGGCGGCCGAGUUCUCGCUGGUGGAGGACGUGGCGCUGCACUUCGCCUGCUUGAUGGGCCGCCUGAACGAGCAGCGCCUCUUCCAGCCUGACCUGUGCGACGUGGACCUGGUGCUGGUGCCCCAGCGCAGCGUCUUCCCGGCCCACAAGGGCGUGCUGGCCGCCUACAGCCAGUUCUUCCACUCACUCUUCACCCAGAACAAGCAGCUGCAGCGCGUGGAGCUGUCCCUGGAGGCGCUGGCACCCGGCGGCCUGCAGCAGAUCCUCAACUUCAUCUACACGUCCAAGCUGCUGGUCAACGCAGCCAACGUCCACGAGGUGCUCAGCGCCGCCUCGCUGCUGCAGAUGGCCGACAUCGCCGCAUCCUGCCAGGAGCUGCUGGACGCCCGCUCCCUCGGUACCCCGGGCCCCGGCGCCGUGGCCCUCGCCCAGCCGGCCGCCAGCUGCACCCCGGCCGCACCGCCCUACUACUGUGACAUCAAGCAGGAGGCCGACGCCCCGGGCCUGCCCAAGAUCUACGCCCGUGAGGGCCCUGACCCCUACUCGGUGCGCGUUGAGGACGGGGCUGGGGCCACAGGUGGCACGGUGCCUGCCACCAUCGGGCCGGCUCAGCCCUUCUUCAAGGAGGAGAAGGAGGGUGGCGUCGAGGAGGCCGGCCGGCCCCCCGCGAGCUUGUGCAAGCUGGAGGGCGGGGAGGAGCUGGAGGAGGAGCUUGGGGGUUCUGGCACCUACAGUCACCGGGAGCAGUCCCAGAUCAUCGUGGAGGUGAACCUCAACAACCAGACGCUGCACGUGUCCACAGGGCCCGAGGGGAAGCCGGGCGCCGCCACAGGCCCGGCCACCAUGGUGCUGCGCGGGGAGGACGGGCUGCAGAGACACUCGGAGGAUGAGGAGGCCGACGAGGAGGAGGAGGAGGAAGAGGAGGAGGAGGAAGAGGAGGGCGGUGGCAGUGGAGGGGGGGAGGAGGAGGAGGAGGAGGAGGAGGAGGAGGAGGAGGGCGGCAGUCAGGGGGAGGAGGACGAGGAGGAGGAGGGGGAGGAGCACAGCGAGCAGGAGGAGGAGGAGGAGGGGGAGGGGCACAGCGAGCAGGGUCAGGAGAGUUCGGAGGAGGAGGAGGAGGGGGAGGAGGAUGGGGAGGCGGGGGGCAGGCAGGGGCCGGGGUGCCGCGGUAGCGGGGCAGACGCCCCUCCCCACAGUCGCAUGGCAACGCGGUCUGCCCGGCGCCGGGGCCUCCCUGAGCCUGAGGAGGCUGGACGGCAAGGUGGGAAGCGGCCAAAGCCACCUGCAGGAGGGUCUCCUGCCCCAGCUCGAGGGCCACAGGCCGCUGACGGUCUGGGGGCCAAGGUGAAGCUGGAGGAGAAGCAGCACCAUCCGUGCCAGAAGUGCCCGCGUGUUUUCAACAACCGCUGGUACCUGGAGAAGCACAUGAACGUGACCCACAGCCGCAUGCAGAUCUGCGACCAGUGCGGCAAGCGCUUCCUGCUAGAGAGUGAACUGCUGCUACACCGGCAGACAGACUGCGAGCGCAACAUCCAGUGUGUGACGUGUGGCAAAGCUUUUAAGAAGCUCUGGUCCCUCCACGAGCACAAUAAGAUUGUGCACGGCUACGCAGAAAAGAAGUUCUCCUGUGAGAUUUGCGAGAAGAAGUUCUACACCAUGGCUCACGUGCGCAAGCACAUGGUCGCCCACACCAAGGACAUGCCCUUCACCUGCGAGACCUGUGGGAAGUCCUUCAAACGCAGCAUGUCUCUCAAGGUGCACUCACUGCAGCACUCCGGGGAGAAGCCGUUCAGAUGCGAGAACUGCAACGAGCGUUUCCAGUACAAGUACCAGCUGCGGUCGCACAUGAGCAUCCACAUCGGCCACAAGCAAUUCAUGUGCCAGUGGUGCGGCAAGGACUUCAACAUGAAGCAGUACUUCGAUGAGCACAUGAAGACCCACACAGGGGAGAAGCCGUACAUCUGCGAGAUCUGCGGCAAGAGCUUCACCAGCCGGCCCAACAUGAAGCGGCACCGGCGCACGCACACCGGCGAGAAGCCCUACCCCUGUGACGUGUGCGGCCAGCGCUUCCGCUUCUCCAACAUGCUCAAGGCGCACAAGGAGAAGUGCUUCCGCAUCAGCCACCCCCUGGCCGGCGACAGCGCUCCCGCAGCCCCGGGCCUGCCCCCCGCCCCGCCCCAGGCCCUCCCCCUGCUGCCCGGGCUGCCCCAGACCCUGCCUCCCCCGCCGCCGCUCUUCCCCACCGCUGCCAGCCCCGGCGGGAGGCUGAACACCAACAACUAACCGCCUGCCUGCUGCACGGGCCCAGGACCCUCCACUCGUCCUCGUGGGGCGGGGCGGGGGGGAGCAACACCUCCAGAGUUGGCUGGACACGCUCUGCCCGGGGCCUCUGACCCUGGGGGCUGUGCAGGCUGGCAGCCCCCAGAGCUGGCGGAGGACACCUCACUCCCAAGUGCCCCCUUUCAGCGGCUCCUUGAAGCCUUUACUUUUUGUCUGUUUGUUUUUUGGAAGUGAAGGAAAACGAAAAGAGAGGAAACUCUUGACGGCACCCCCCUCCAGGUGAGGGGGGCGCUGGAGGCAGCAGGUACGGGUGUAGAGGGACCUGGGGAGCAGGUGUGACUGGUUGCUCCGCUGAGGCCUCAGCCAGAGGGGGGCGACCAGGCCCAGCCCAGGUCACCUUCAGCUGCUCAUCCCCGCCCGUCCUGGGCCCCCUCGCUCGCCCCUCAUCCCGGAGGGUUUGGGGAAAAGUUGGGGUGCCGUCCCCCUUUGGAGGACUUGUGGGCCCACCGUGAGGGCUGCGGAUGCUGAGGCGGGGACUUGGGCCCGGACGCCGGGGGUUGUGUGGGGUGGGCGUGCGUGGCGAGGUGCGACGACCACAGCUGUGCACCGUGGGGAGGGGGGGCGGGCGGGGGCUGGACCCCAGGCAUUUGCUUUCCCCACGGCAUCCCCGACCUGCCCCCGGCUGCACCGAGGGCCCUGGGGAAGGUGUCCCCAAGAGCUGCCGGGCCUCAGGGUGUGGUGGGCCAGGCCCUGGGUGGGCAGACGGGCUGGCUCCCACAGGCACUGCAGCCCAGGAGCCCCUGCACAUGGGUGGACCCCAGGGACCAGGGCCCUAAGGAGCAGGCCCGGGCAGAUGUUCUGAGGUUUCAAGGUGCUAUCAGUGGGGCAGGGGGCAGGGCAGCUGUUCACGGAGCAGCCCAUCCCUCAGCAGCUGCCCCAGCCGAAUCUCCCACGCUACAGACGUCUGUGUCUGUGUCUGUCUCUGCUCCUGGAAGGCAGCACAGGCCUCAGCCACUCCCUGGGCCUGGCCACAGCCUGCCCCUGGCUGGUGUCCAGCGGCCUCGUCCCUCCUGCGCCUCUGUGCUCACGGGUGGAGCGAGGAGCCUGCACGAUCAGGCCCUGGGGGUCGGGGUCGGGGGUACCGGGAGAGCCCCACCCAGCCUGUGCCCAACGCUUGCCCUCACGAGGCCAGCACUAAUAGGACAUCCUUUUUUGUUGUCAUUUAACGUCUCCAUUCCUGCCUUUGAAAUGGGGAGGAAGGUUCCAUAAGCUACCUGUUUCCUAGUUAAGCUCUUUCCUAUUGUGUUUAUACAGUUUUGUCUGUUAUACUCUUUGCACCUUAAACCCCUCGACUGCCCCCGCAUCACCACCUUCCCAGCAUGGCUGGAGUGGGACGAGGCCUGAGCCCAGGGGGCGGGUUGUGGGGGGACUGGCCCCAUCAGCCCAAGGGCUGAGGGGGUCAGGACCCCUCUGACUUCCUUGUAAGGCCCAUGGCACUGGGGCAGGGGGCUGGGGACAUUUUAAUCAUCAAUAAACGAAGCACUUUAUUAUGUA